UCUUACGUCCGACAGGAAAACGAAAGAAAGGCGAGUAUCUCUAACAAAACGAUGGCUGCAAUCAGGAAGAAACUGGUGAUAGUUGGUGAUGGAGCCUGUGGUAAAACCUGCCUCCUCAUUGUGUUCAGCAAAGAUCAGUUCCCCGAGGUUUAUGUGCCCACUGUGUUUGAAAACUACGUGGCCGAUAUUGAGGUGGAUGGUAAACAGGUAAGAUCUCAAUAUAAUGACUAAUAUCACAUUUCUAUGUUGUUCUCAUAUUUUCAGUUGUCCAUUAAUAAAACAUGCACUGUGUGGUCUGAGGCUCUGAACCUUAUGGGAUGGUUCAACGUUUAGCCUGAUACUGAUAUUGAUAUUGGAGUGUUAAUAAAAAUUUAUUAAGAAUGAUGAGA